AUGACGAGUCCAAUGAAAAUAAAAAUUGGUAUUAUCGGUGGUAGUGGAUUUGAUCGUAGUGAUAUUUUAACAAACCGUCAAGAACAUGACAUUGAUACACCAUAUGGAAAACCAAGUGAUAAGUUAGUUAGUGGUCAAAUAAAUUCCAUUGAUUGUGUAAAUUAUCGUGCAAAUUUAUGGGCAUUAAAUGAAAUGGGUGUUAAUUUAAUAUUAGCAACAACAGCUGUCGGCUCAUUAUCACCUGAAUUAAAACGUGGUGCAUUAGUCAUUUUAGAUAAUUAUAUUGAUAUGACCAAAUUUCGUUGUUCAACAUUUUAUGAUGGAGGAGAAUUACAUCCGCAAGGUGUAAUGCAUGUAUCAAUGCAUCCACCGUAUCAUCGUGAAUUACGCCAAUUAUUAAUUGAUUCUUGUAAGGAUUUAAAAAUUGAUGAUUAUAAAGAGAAAUCAACUAUUCUCGUUAUCGAAGGACCAAAUUUUUCAACUUAUGCUGAAAAUAAAGUUUUUAUUAGUUGGGGUUGUACAACAAUUGGUAUGACACAAACACCUGAAGCUAUCUUGGCAAAAGAAUUAGCAAUACCGUAUGCCGCAUUAGCCAUUGUUACUGAUGAUAUUUGUUACAAAGAAGAUGGUAUUGUCGAUCCAAACGAGGUUGUAACCAUAUUUAAAGCAACAUUUCCAAAAGCGAUGGAAGUAUUAAAAUUAACAAUAAAAAAAAUUGGUGAAAAAGAUUGGACUGAUUCAACAAAUGCUUUAAAAAGACUUGUUGGUGAAGCUCUUAUGAAACACUGA